GCUAUGUUCUAUUGUACUGCUCGAAGUUUCCGUUUUCAUUUAUCUGUAUUUUGUCUCUAGUUACCCACUCCACCCAUAAAACAACGUAACCCAGCUAGCUAAGAAUUUACGUCAGCCUGCGAUGGUUAAUUCUUCUGCAAGGUCGUCUCCGCGAGUGAGAAAAGGUGCAUGGUCGGAAGAAGAAGAUGAUCUUUUGAGGAAGUGCAUUCAGAAAUUUGGUGAAGGAAAAUGGCACCUAGUUCCAUUUAGAGCUGGGUUGAAUAGGUGCAGAAAAAGUUGCAGAUUGAGAUGGUUGAACUAUCUCCAUCCUGAUAUAAAGAGAGGCCAUUUCAGUUUGGAAGAAGCUGAUCUCAUUCUGCGCCUCCAUAAGCUCUUAGGCAACAGGUGGUCGCUUAUUGCUGGCAGAAUUCCGGGACGAACAGCAAACGAUGUGAAGAAUUACUGGCACAGCCAUCUUAAGAAGAAGGUAGUUGGCAUGCAUAUGACAACUUCUUCUAAUAGCAGCAGGCAAGAUAAUAAUUGGGAUGAUGAGAAGAGCAAAGCCCCACAAAUCACAGAAAACACCCUCUUUAGGCCUCGACCUAGGAGAUUCUUUAGGACAUCUCCUGCGUUGUCGACAUUAACCGGAAAAGCUCCUCCUCCUCCUCAUCAACUCCAAGCAUCGCAGUCGGAAUCAACGCCGCCGCCGGACUUGCUAAUGGUAAAUAAUGUCCAACAAAAUAAUAACUCAAUCGCGACUAAUUUGCCAUCAGAAACAACGUCCGUGCAGUGGUGGGAAGAUUUGCUCUACGACGACAAUGAACAACUCAAUCACCAAGGAACCACCGACAUGCACCAAGGAAUAAUCGAUUGGACUGAUGAUGGCUUUCCGAUUGAUGUGGACCUUUUAACACUUUUAGACCCAACAAACUAACAUGGAAUCCUUAAAUCAACCGUAUCAUGUCACUAUAUAUUUCUUUGUAUUUUAUUAAGACCGUCAUUCUUCAUACAAUUCUCUUUUCUCUUUCAAAAA